AUGGCAGAGCCUGAGGAAGAGGGAGCAAAAGCAAUUCGGGGUGAAGAGGAGGACAUUAUUUCCAAAAUAUUUCCCGCAUUCACGACAGACAAAAAGAUAUCCAUGGCUCAAACGUCAUAUCUACGCAUAUUUGACCAGCAGGGCAGUGUCGACUGGUAUAACAUAAAGACUGCCACCUCCUUCGACGUUCCGAAGGGCAAAGAAACAGAAGUAAUAAGUGGGAAAAGAGUCAAGUUUUAUUGA